CCUGCUGUGAAGUUAGCAGGCAGCUUUGGACCUGGUCUUUGCUGCCCCCAGGCGGUCCUUCUGGGUACUGCCAUAGUGAGAGGUGGGAGAGGAGGACCAGCCAUCAAUGGCAGGAUCAGUUUGGGGGAGACACCCGGUGCAGGAGGCUGAGCGAAAAGGGGAGCACUAAGACCCAGGGGUAGUGGAAGGCUGCAGCAAACAGCUGGAGGAGGAGGAGGAGGAGGAGGAGGAGGCGGUGUGGGGGGAGGGGAAAAGGGGGAGCCAUCUGGAACCUUGGUAGCUUCCGAAACGGCAUCGGUCGUGACGACAGAAAUGGCCAGUCAAUCCCAGGGUAUCCAGCAGCUCCUGCAAGCCGAGAAGCGGGCGGCUGAGAAGGUGGCAGAUGCCAGAAAGAGGAAGGCCCGGCGUCUGAAGCAGGCAAAGGAGGAGGCACAGAUGGAAGUGGAGCAAUACCGCAGAGAGAGAGAGCAGGAAUUCCAGAGCAAGCAGCAGGCAGCCAUGGGCUCCCAAGGGAAUCUGUCAGCUGAGGUGGAGCAGGCUACAAGGCGCCAGGUGCAGGGCAUGCAGAGCUCCCAGCAGAGAAGCCGCGAACGUGUCCUGGCCCAGCUUCUUGGCAUGGUCUGUGACGUCAGGCCCCAGGUCCACCCCAACUACCGGAUUGCUGCCUAGGACCCACCCUAGGGCCUGACUCCUCCUGCUAGUUCCCUCCUGCAAAGAAAUCCCCGAGUCAAAAUCAACUCCCACCAUAAUCCUUUCUCUCCCUUGCAUUCCCUAGAAAUUCUAGGAAGCAGGAUCCAAUAAUUCUCCUGUGAAAUUUAUAAAUAUCCUGCUCA